AUGGUAGACCUCCGUGCGGUUUUACCGUUUCUCAUCGCCUUAGCAAGGAAUAUGAGCGCGUCUGUAGGCUCCUCAGAAAGCACUGGGCUGAAUCCUGCUCUGACCGACCCGGAGCGAUGGCUGAGAUUGCCCGCCGUCCCGGGCUACGAGCCUCACCGAGUAAACGACAUGCUGCUUCUCCGCCCCGCUGCGCCCAAGAGCCGGGGAGGCGCUCAGACAGCCACGGCUGGACUCGCGAAUCGACAUGUCAUAUUCUUCCCGGGAGAUGUACAGAAUUUCCACAAGGUGAUGUCCUCGCACCACGAGAACCAGCAGUGGCAGCGCUGGAGCCUGGAGAACGUGGCUGAGCUGCUGUCGAGGCGUUUCCCCGGGAGCCACGUGUGGGUGGUGCGGGCGUCGCGCAUGUACCUGCACAAGUUCACCUGCUUCGACAACUUCGUAGAGAGCAACCUGUUCGGGGCACCGGAGCACUGCCCUGACUACGGGGCCUUCCGCCACCUCCGGGCCCUGCUGGGGCACGCGCUGGGGCAGGCGGCCGGGGGAGGCACAGCUUCCUGGAGCUUCAACAGAGCCGUGCCCCCUGGUCCGCGUGCUUCGAACGGCUGCCCUGAGGGAAACAGCAGUGUGGGCGCCUCUCCUCUCCUGCAUUGCCCCUUGCCCUCUGACCUGGCGCUGACCCUGGUGGGUUUUAGUAAAGGCUGCGUGGUCCUGAACCAGCUGGUGUACGAGCUGAGGGGUGCCAGGGCUGACCCCGAGCUGGCCCCCUUCGUGGCAAGGAUCACUGACAUGUACUGGCUGGACGGAGGACAUCCUGGGGGUAGCAAUACCUGGGUGACCAGCCAGGAGGCGCUGAAGGACCUGGCCUCCAGCGGGAUCGGCGUCCACUCGCACGUCACACCCUACGAGGUGCGUGACCCCAUGCGGGCCUGGGUCGGGAAGGAGCACAAGAGGUUUGUGCGGAUGCUCCGGGAGCUGGGGGUCCCCAUUGUGGACAAACUGCACUUUGAAAAUCAGCUGCCCUCCCUGGAGCAACACUUCCGCGUGCUGGAGGAGUUCUGAAGAGGCCAACACAAUAAUUCCAUUUACUUCGCCACGCACAUCCAUUCGCUAUGUAGGUCAUUAUCUGCUUUAGUGGCACCAAAACAGUGAACAAAUGUCUGCCCAAAUUAACACACAAACAUGUUUACUAAAAAAUUUCAGAUUAAAGUAUACCAAGAACACCAGUUAGAAAACACCGGUAUUCAUUAUAAAUCUAGAAAUAUUUAAAGAAACUAAAAUUCAAUGACGGAUGCUUUGACAAGAAGCAAACCAAGAACCGUCUAAACCUAGAUGUCUUCUAAAGGAAAGUCCAUGUGUCCAAAACCCUGUGUGUGGAAUGGAAGCACAUGGCGAGGGAGCUGUAUGGCAUGAUCUUGUUAGCUACAACCUCAAGAACACUUCAGUUAUACUGCUUAUUGCUUUUAAGAAUGACAUACAACCAUAGGUACCUCCUUUUUGUUUAGUUUGGUUUUUUGAAAUCAGUUUGCUGGUAUUGUAAAUGUUGGUAACACUGUCUCCAUUCUAAGGCUGCUAUCCACUCCCCUGCUCUGAAGCACUUUGCUCUCUGAAUGAGAUUAAACAUUCCAUGAUUACUCUAGUAAACUUUAAAGCACACACACGCUAUCCAAACUCUCAUUGACCCAUUUGCUCUUAUUUAGAGACACAUGCAAGACAAGCCCAAUCUCAUAAAUCUGCUGAUCAUAACUACACAUUGUUGAAUGGUGUUUACACACUCAAGUUUUUAUUUAUUUAUUAUUUUUUUAAAUUAAUUCAAAGAGAAGCACAAAACUUCCUGCAGUCCACCUCACCAUAGGCAGCAAGGUGGGGGAGGGCUUCACUAUUCUUAUCUGUUCUUUCUAGCUCUGCAAAUGGAGAGGAAAUACCAUGUGAAGAUUCUCAUUUGAUAAGUUGAAAUCAGUGCCACUUCCCUUUGUGGUGCGAUUCCUAUUGGGACCUGCUCCAGUUUGCACCGUUUAAAUGAAAGAUAAUAAGAGCUGCAUUUCUGCUGCCUGAAAUACUGUUCUGUUUUCUACGUGGGAAGCAGUCAAGGGCUGAGGGGAGGCGCUGGACUGAGCUGCUGUGGAACCGGCUCUUGCUGCAAUUGCAUGCUAUGCUGAGCUGCUUCUCAUUUUUCUUUAAUUCCUUCCAGACUUGCUUCUGAAUAAAAACCUGAUCUGCAGCUUUUA